CGGCUGCUGUCCUCACGGUUCGUAUUUACCUUCAGUCUUCAAGCUGCGGUGGGUGUAGCCGCAGGAUGGCGCGCCGGUGAGUGUCGGUGCGCAGCGCUCGGAGCACACGCAGUUCGCCGACACGCAGUUGACGCGGGCGGGUGGAAGAGUGGUGGACGCUAGCUCUGCCGGAGGUGGCACAGCGACGACUAAUGACUUAAUCUGCGCGGAGAAAUCAACGAGGAUUUGUGGGAAUCAUGUAUCAGCUUCCAGUUGGAAAUGUUGAAAAGAUUCGAAAAGCUCGUAAAGCCGUGAAAAACAUCUUAAGUGAAAUUGGCCUAGAAGACUGUCAGAAUCUGCUGAAGGAUCUCAAUGAAAACUCCCCAGACUCGGAUAGAGAGGAAGCCUUUCAGGAAACGGACUGGACCGACGUUACAAAUGGAUAUAGCCGACGGCGAAAGAAGUGGCCUUAUCGAUCUCACUCUGUGUGCUGCAGCAUGUGCAAGUACAGUACAAAAAACAUCUACAACUUCAGGGUCCACAUUGCUCGCUGCCAUAUUUAUGGUCAGUCAGCCUGUGCACUGGCACCCUGCACUCAGUGCCUCUUUAUUGCCCACCCUAGGAUUGUCAAGAAGCACAUGCUCUUCUUUCAUGGCAAAGUCCCUGCAGCAAUGGCACCCGCUACACAGCAGCCACAGAAGACAAGUUCUACACGCAUCCAUAAUGGAAACCAAAGGUAUCAGUGUGCAAGAUGCGGCUAUCCAAGCUCCUUUAUCUUUGCAAUGAAGAAGCACGUCAUUCUCAAGCACCUGGCUCAUUUGGCAGAGCAGUUCAUUGGUUACAGAUUACACCAACAAGGGAAUGCUUCUGUAAGGAUCUACUGCUGCAAAGAGUGCAAGGUGAACACUGGAACUCUAGACCAAAUGUUGCACCACAUGCUAGUUGAACCAGCACACUAUUCUAUCAGCACAGCGGUGCAGAGCGUGAUUUCUGAGAACAAGAACUACUUGAAACCAGCUGCUAAUGGGAAUGGAGUGUUUGUCACAUUCCCAAGCAUCGCUCCAAAACCACAGACACAGCAAAUAUUCACCAAGAGCUCUUUAGUUUUACCAAGUAAUGGCCAGCCUGCUGGGACUGUCGUGGCUGUGCAGCCACUACAGGGAACUACAAACAGUACAACUCUGAUUUGUGCUCCUGGAACUAAUCAAGCUUUUCUGCCCCCCCAAGCAUCAGCGCUAGUGCAGCUCGCUAGUGCUGAAGCUAAAGGUUUGCUCCAGCCAGGUGCCACAAUAGCUCUCCAAAGUGCACUGCCCCAAGGAUCAUCUGUGGUCCCGCUUCCCACAGUGUCCAAUAUGUCUCUGAAACAGGCUCCGGUAACCUUAUCUGCUGCUAUAACUCAGCCUCAACAGACACAGCAAGCACAGCAAAUCGUUCUUCCUUCGGGACUGCAGUCCAAGGUGGCAGCUGGAACCGGGACUGUGUCCAAGCCAAUAAAAUCUGUUGCUCUCCAGGGUACCAUGCUGACUUCACAGUCCCUGCAGAAUCAUCUGAUCCCAACUGGGAACAAGGUGAAUGGCAUGCCCACGUACACUUUUGCACCACUGCAAGCGGCUUUGCCCGUCUCUCAGAGAGUGUCCACUCCCCUCCAAUCCGUCGAUCAGGGUAACUCUGCACCCCAAACCAAGAAAUGGAUCACGUGCCCCCACUGCAAUGAGCUAUUCCCUGCCAAUGUAUUCGACAUGCACAUGGAGGCCGCGCAUCCGACAAAAUCCUCAUUCAAAACCGAAACCGUGGCCGCCCAAUCAUCUUCCCUCAAGAAAAUGUCUGACAAAACUGUCAAAUGUCUAACGUGCAAAGUUCUGCUGUCAGAAAAGUCGAUUUUCCAACAUCUGCUGCAUGGCCUCAACUGUUUGUACUGCAAAGCUGCGUUCUUUUCAGUCAAACAGCUUAUGGAACAUGUAAAGAUGCACAACCCCUCAAGCAGGGCGUACUGUGAUGUACUAAGGCAGAAGUACAGGGUGUACUCAAAAGGAAAUGGGGAGAUUCUGUUUCCUUACAUCGAUGUGACGACCGUGGCACCAAAAGAGGUCAUAGGAGACAGAGAGGUCAAUCUUGCCCUGGUCACAAAUACUCUUGAACUGAUCUACUUUAAACUACAGCCCAUUAACCAGCAUGACAUCUGCUCUGCACCUGCUAAAGUCAGCAGCACAUACUGUCCCUUUUGCAGUGAGAAGUUCCAGAAUCAGACCAACCACCUCCAGCACCUGAAGCAGAAGCACUUUGUGGCGCCCACCAUUCACGCUAUCCUCAAGACAGAAGCUUAUAAAUGCAUAUACUGCAAUGGUGUGUACACUGGAAAGGUCACCCAGCAGGCUGUGAUGCUCCACAUUCAAAGAUGCCGUUGUUCACCAAAGCCCCCACAACCACCACCGCAACCACCUAAACCUGUACCAGUGAUACAGGCGCAGCCACCACCGAAACCAGCUCAGCAGCUCAGUCAGGCUCCUGGACUCUACUUUUUACAAAUGCCACAAGGCCUGACGAUGGCGCAGGCUUUGGCUCCAGCUCGAGUGGUUGCUGCUCCGCGCCCUGCACAGCCUCCAGAGUCUGAGGCGGAGUUGCAGUCUAAGAGGAGGCUGGAAGCUGCGCUGAAGGAGGCCAUGGAAGCCAAUAAGCGGGAGAGAGAGGUAAAGGCUGCCAUGCGCAAGAAGCGUGAGCAGGAGAAGCUGCAGCAGGCGAAGCUGCUGCAAGAGAAGCUGCUGCAGGAGAAGCAGCAACAGCUGGAGGCGGCGGCCAAAAGCGAUCCCAACGUGAAACUCGCGUUGGAGCCAACCUCGGCGGAGAGGCGCGACAGCGAGGAGCGCAGGGAUUUCAUGUCCAAGUACUUCAACGUGAACCCGUACGCGAGCAAAGCAGAAGCCGAAGAGCUGUCCAGGAGGCUGUGCGUCACCAAAGGCGAGGUGGCGGGACAUUUCGGCAAGAAGCGCAGCAAGUGCAUGAAGACUCUCAAGAAGAACGUGGUCGCCGUCCUCCUGGGCUUCAACAUGACCGAGCUGAGCAAAGUGAAGCACGACCUCCAGAUCCCAGAGCAGCAGCCGCCGGACGACACAGCCGAGUCGCAGGAGGACGACUCGGGGGAGUCGCCGGCACAAAUGCCACCGUCUGCGGAUGCAGCAGAACCGAUGGAUGCAAGUGAAGCGGAGAAAGUUCCAGAAGAGGAGCAGGUCCAGCCGAUGGAAUGAGCUCGUCGAUGUUUAAAAACAACACCUGAAAACAGCAAAUCUCACAAAUGUUUGGAUUUAAAACACAAACUCCUGUUGAGUGAUGGUUUGUGCUGACGGGGGUUUACAGAUGAUCAUGCAGUUCCUACUAUACAAGUAAUCCUGUAACCGAGGACAGUUUGUUGAUGUAGCCUCGUUGUCUGCACUUCAUUUGACCUCUGUGGCACCGGCAGUCCUUAUUCUAAUUUCCACACGCCACGUUGUUGAUAAAUGUUCA